GUUCUUCCUAGUGGUAUAAAUCAGCAGUUCCAAACUCAUCCCAAAAUAACCACAAAUUUCUUCUUAAAAAUGGAGUCACUUCUACUUUUUAACCAUGAUUACUACAAAUACUACGCAUUAAUCAUAGAAACACUUGAUUCAUUCUCCCACCUCAAACUCACCAUCGCCAUUAUUUUGAUCCUCACCUUCAUCCACAUCACUCAAAGACAAGCUCACAUCUACCUCGUUGAUUUCGCGUGUUUCCAACCCCCAGAAUUCCACAGGAUUUCCGUAGGCACAUUCAUAGAACACUCAGCAUUACGAGAGAAAGAGUUCAACACAACAGACAUAAACGAGUUUGAGAAGAAAGUGAUCACAAGGUCAGGGAUGGGGAACGAGACUUACUCAUCCGAAGGGAUGGAUUUCAUCCCUUCUGAUAGCUCCUUAAAGCAAGCAAUGGGUGAAGUGCAACAUGUGCUCUUCUCAGUUGUUGACAAACUCCUUACAAAACACAAAAUUAGCCCUAAAAGUAUUGAUAUACUUGUAACUAAUUGCAGUAUUAAUUGCCCUACACCUUCAUUAGCUGCCAUGGUUAUAAACAAGUUUGGGUUUAGAAGCAAUGUGAAGAGCUUUCAUCUAUCAGGAAUGGGGUGUAGUGCUGGAAUCCUCGCGAUUAGCUUGGCUAAAGACAUGCUUAAGGUUCAUAAAAACUCAUUGGCUUUAGUCCUUAGUACUGAGACUAUUUGCUCUAAUGUUUACUUAGGGAGGCAAAAGUCAAUGCUCCUUGCUAAUUGUUUGUUUCGGAUGGGGGGUGCCGGAAUUUUGCUCUCCAACCGGAAAUCUGAUAGAAAAGUGGCCAAGUAUGAGCUACAACACGUUGUCCGAACACAUCUCGGUGCCAAGGAUGAUGCUUAUGGAUGUGUAUUCCAGAAAGCCGAUGAGGAGGGUAAGGUAGGGGUGAGCCUCUCUAGGACGGUGGUCCACGUAGCAGGGGAAGCCCUACAAACCAACUUGACCACCCUUGGACCUCUAGUGUUACCCUACUCGGAGCAACUCCGAUUUGCGUUCCAUUUCGUGUGGAACAAGUUUAUUAGGCCAUGGACGACGAAGAAGAAACAAGCACCCUAUGUCCCGGACUUUAAGAAGGCGUUUGAUCAUUUUUGCAUCCACGCGGGAGGAAAGGCCGUGAUUGACGCAAUCAAGGAGAGGUUGAGUCUGAGUGAUAAAGACGUAGAGGCGUCUAAGAUGACACUAUAUAGGUACGGGAACACGUCGUCGUCCUCGACGUGGUACUCAUUAUGUUAUCUUGAAGCUAAAGGAAGAGUUAAGAAGGGUGAUAGGGUAUUCCAAUUGUGUUUUGGGAGUGGAUUUAAGUGUAAUAGUGCACUUUGGAAAUGUAUUUCUAAGGAAGUAAGUAAGGAUAUAUCCAAUGCUUGGACUGAUAGGAUAAAUAGGUACCCUGUUGAUGUACCUGAAGUUAUUGAACACUGAACAAUAUUUCACAUUUGAACUAGAGUGCAUUCACCUUUGGGCCGGACUAUGUAUUGCAACUUAACAUCCACUCCUAUACUCACUUUAUAUUAUUUAAACAUUUUUUACACUCCA